UCCACUCGUAUAGCCUUAUCCAGUAUAAUGUGCGAGCACCGUUCUCGCAAUCGCCUCAUCAGCUCCUCCCAUUAGACCAUCGCUGAAUGUGCACUCGAUGUCCGGAAAAUCUCCAAGGCUCGGACUGUCAUUCAGCUGGGUCCGGCCUUUCCUGUAAGUGUCAGGAUUUUGGAUAUCGUUGCAUUGAUGCUGUAGCAUGAUCAGGUGUUGAGGGCAUUGGAACUAGGCCACUCGGCUGGGAAAAGGAUCUUGCGCGGGUUACAUUUCGAUUCCGAGUGUCGUCUUCUUCAUCUGCUCGAAAUUGUGAGGAGUUCAAGUGGUUUCGAAGCGCUAUUGUUAGUUUUCAAUUGAGCUGAAGGAAGGAUUUGGACUCUGUUCAUUUUCUCUUAAACGCACAUCGUCAUCAAUAUCGAAUAUUUUGUAAACCUGGAAGCGUUCGUCAAGGAUGGGAAUUCUUUUUUACAUGAAAUAGGGUUGGCGAACGGACGUUGUGUGGACAGCCAAGCGCAGGAGUGUGUUUAGUCACAGCUUUACGGUUUGAAUAUUGUUAUGUAGAUGAAUGCCCGCCUGUAGGAUUAAUAUCCCUUCGAUCAAUAUUUUGCCGAGCCUUCAUAUGCAGGCAGGUCAUGGAUUUGCUGUUUAGGGUUACGACUGUAAGUCCGUUGAAUUCUAGGGAUCAGGGGCGCUGUUACUCUCAUAAAGUCAUGGCCUCUCAGAUGGUCGCUAUUCAGCAAUUCCGAUGCAUAUUAUUACCAACGCAUGCGUCGAGGUUUGUCCAGAGGAUUGCAAGCAGUUCUAGCUGGAUGCGAGUCUAUGCAGACGCUGGUCCCUCCACUAACUAUGUUUCUGGAGAAAGAACCACCUCAAUCCGGAGCAGGAGUUGUAAUCUACAUACGGCACGGGAAGAAAUUCAAGGAUUAGGUAUAAAAAGUUGCAUGUAUGAUGGAGUGAGGAUAUCAAGCAAAUGGAAAUCGCAACCUAGGGGAAGGAAGCACAAUAGAAAUGGAGGCAUUGCGAGAGCUUCUAUGAGGCUGGAUCCCGGUGGGGGAAAACCUGACGGAGAGAAUGGGAUAGGCCGUGUGGUCGUCAACUUGGCGAUUGCUGGUGGUCUGACGUAUUUGACCAUCACUGGAAAGCUUGGUUGGUUGUUUGAUGCCUUUGUUUCUCUCUGGCUUUUCGUUGUGUUGGUGCCAAUCGUGGGCUUUGUAGCCUUCUUAUGGUUUGCUGACAGGGAAAUUGUCAGCAGCAGUGUGAGCUUCUAUCUUUAUUGCCCAAAUUGCGGAAAUCCUUUCCAAGUUUUGGAAUUUACGAUGAAAGAAGAAGAAGAACAGUUUUGCCCCUAUUGUAGCCAACCCUUUAAAUUGGAAGGCAAGCAAUUUGUACGAGAUGGGCCUCGCUUCUAUGGAAAGGCUAAGGGUUUCCGAGAACCCUCAGGACAGCCAGGCUUUGGAGGGGCCUUUGGAGGUUCUGGUCAACGUAAAACAUCUGCUUCCGAUCCUUCCUCGGAUAUAGAUCCAGCUGGAGUUAUUGUUGAUAUAGAAGCUGAAGUGAUGGAUAAAGACUGAAAUCAAUUUGAAAGUUGAAGAUCAUCACUGGAAUAUUACCUACGCUUUUGGAAGUCUACUGUAAGCCUCUUGUACAAUAUUUUAACGAAUUGCAGAUAUUUUACAGCUUCCUGCAUAGUUGGACAGUCAUGGCAAAGGAUACAAAGGUGUACGUUGCCUUUGUUGUGUUCUGAUUUAGUAUAUCUCUUGAGGCUUAAAAGUAAUGGUCUGUCUCUCUUUAAUGUAGUUGCUGUAAAUCAAUCACACUUUUCUUCUACUCAAAGUGGGAACUCGUCUUAUUCGAUUGAUCUCCACAUCCACUUGUGCGCUUUGAUAUGUC